AUGUCCAAUUUUGAAUGGCCUAAAUUUGGUAGAAAUAAAAAAACGCCGAAAGAAACAACACCUGAAUGGGUAUUUGAACUAGAAAAACAAUUUGCUGAAGACACAGCUAAAUUUAAGGCUCAUAUUAAUAAACUAAAAGAUGAAUUGAAUAAAAUUAAUGUUGGAAUUAAAUCAACGAAUGAAAUUUUGAAAUCUUCUAAUGCACUUAUGGCAUCAGCUACUGAACGGAUGGCAUCAGCUAAUGCACAGAUGGCAUCAGCUAAUGCACAGAUGGCAUCAGCUCGGGAAUGUAUAGCCUCCUGUUCUACUAAAAUAGAAUCAGCAGGAUUAAAAAAGAAAUUAGCAUUGAAAGAGAUGAAUGAAAUACAAACAAAGAUUAAUAAAACUAAAGCAUAUCGUGAAGAAACAGAUAAAUAUUGGAAUGAUUUAAUUAAUAAAGAAAUUGAAAAACAAUGUACAUCUCGUCAAGAUCGAUGUAGUAAUAUAAUUACUUUAAAUUCAUCAAUGAAACGAUUAAACAACAACAAUGAUCAUAAUCAUAAACAUACACAAACAAAAAAAAACAAGAAAAAAUUAUCAUAA